AUGUCAGCCCAGAAGCUCGUGGCCUGCCUUUGCCAGGAAGGAGAUCAGCACCUGGCCCUGGGGGAGCUACCCCUAGCCACAGCCUUCUACCUGGCUGCCUUCAGCUGCCACGCCCCCUCGGCAGUGCGUCGAGUACAGGCUGCCCUGGCUGAGAACCCAGGGGCACCUGUGGUGGCCACCCUGGAAGCUUGGUGCCGUGGGGACAGCCACAUCCCUGCCAUCCACUGGGAUGGUAUGGCAGUGGUCUCCUUGAAUGGGUCUCUGGCCUCUGCCUUUCUUGGUGCCCUCUGCCCUGACCACCCUGCCACUGUCCUGCACUUGCUGGCUGGCCUGCUGGCCCGUGGGCACCAUGAGGAAGUGGUACAGCGAUGUAGCAAUCUGCUGGAAGCACACUCCCAACAGAUCCUGGAGCUACAGCUGACUCGUGCCCUGGCCUGGAUCCUGUCCACAGAACAGGUUAACAAAGGCUUGGCCGCCUACCUCCAAGCCUUUGCCUCUAGCGCAGACCGGACUGUGGCCUUCGUCCACACCCACCAGCAGCCCUAUCUCCCCAUGCUAAUCAGCACCCUCCAGAGUUACAUUGCAAGACACCCAGGGGCCGCAGACAGCACCAGCCAGAGGGAACUCCUGGGGGCCCUGGACCACAGGGGCACUUGCAGCAAUACCCUGUCACCUGCAGCUCUGCUCCGUGAUGGCAGGUUUGAGGACUGCCUGAUGGCAUGCGGCCAGGCCCUCCAGUCCGACUCAAUGGGGAGCAGACCUAAAGGUGAGCACCGGGCCACUCUGCUAGUCACCCGCGCGGCGGCGGCCUUCUUCCUGGACGGCAGAACCCGGGACGUGCUGCAGGACUUGCAGGAGGCCUUCCGCGAGAGUCCCGCGGGGGCGCGGAGGCAGUUCCAGGCCGUGCUCUCGGCCGGGGACCGCGAGCGCGUCCAGGCCCUGGCGCAGGAGGCCGCGGACCAAGGCUUCGCGCGCUUCCAAGAGGCCGUGCGGAACCGCCCAGAGCUCCGCGAGGACACGGGACGCGAGCUCUUGACCCCGGUGACCCAGGCGCUCCGCUUCUUACUUCGCGUGGCGACGGCCGAGGCGCGACCCGCCCUGGGGACCCGCCUGGCCGAGUGCCUGCUGCUGGCCGGGGACGUGGCGGGAGCUCGCGCGCAGUGUGAGAGCCUCCUGCGGCCCAGGCGUCCCGGGGACCUCGCCGGGGACCGCUCGCCGCUGCUGGCGCUGCGCGGCUUCUGCGCGCUGCACGCGGGCGAGGCGCGGCGCGCGCGCGACGACUUCCAGGCGGUGGUGGAGCGCGGGGCGCAGCACGCGAGCGGCUGCGUGCUGGCGCUGUGCGGCCGCGGGCUGCUGAGGGUGCUGGCGGGCAGCGCGUUCCUGGGCGCGCUGGACUAUGUCACCGCAUGCCGGCUGCGGCCCGAGGAGGCGCUGCUAGCCACCAAAGCCUACGUGCCCUGGAACCAGCGGGGACUGCUGCUCACCGUUCUCCGGGAGGAGGGCCGCAGGAUGUUGCUGCGGGAACCCCAGAGUGCGCCCGGCUGCCUGAAGGAGGUUGCGAAGGGGGCCAGUCCCAGGGCGCUGGAGGGCGAUGCCCACGGUGUGUACCAGCUGGCCAUGCUACUAAUGGAGCUGGACCCAGAGGAUGAGACUGUGCACCUCCUGGUGGCUGAUGCCCUCUACCGCCUAGGCCACCUGGAUGAUGCCCACAAGUCCCUGCUGGUGGCCCUGUCCCGGAGGCCCCAGGCAGCCCCUGUGCUGGUGCGACUGGCCCUGCUGCAACUGCGGAGGGGCUUCUGCUACGAUGCCAACCAGCUGGUGAAGAGAGUAGUCCAGACCGGGGACACGGCCUGCCUCCAACACACCCUGGAUGUUUUCCACCAUGAAGACCGGCAGCUGCUGCAAAGCCAUUGUCAUGUACGGGCCCUGAACAUCCUGCGGUCGUGGCCAGGCGGGUUGGACAGUGGGACCCAUACCAGGGAGGCCAUUGCCUACCUCUCCCUGGCCAUCUUUGCUGCAGGGAGUGAGGCCACGGAGUCCCUCCUCACCCGAGCCCGCUGCUACGGGCUCCUGGGCCAGAAGAAGACUGCCAUGUUUGACUUCAACUCUGUGCUGCGGGCUGAGCCACGGAAUGUGCAGGCUCUGUGUGGACGAGCCCUCGUGCGCCUGACUCUGGACCAGCUGCAGGAAGCUGUGGAGGACAUGUUCUCUGCUCUGCAGCUCGACCCAGAGACCGUGGUCCCUGAGAUCCGCUCUCUGAAGCCAGAAGCCCACGUGCCUCUUACUCAAGGUCUCCAUGCCCGAUGCCGAGGCCUCUUGAGCCAGCGAUUGGACUCUGGGGUCCCCCUUGGGGACAAGGACACCCAGGGCCUUCUUGCUGUGGGAAAGGCAAUGAUCAGAAUUGACACUGCACAGCUGAGCUGGCACCUCCUCCUUGCAGACAUCCACACAGUGCUGGGGAAGUACCAGGAAGCUGGUGCCCACUUGGCAGAAACUCUGCACGCUAAUCCACCAUCAGAGGCUGCCAGGGCCAGGAGGGGCCUGCUCAAGCUCAAGAAGGGAGAUGCAUCAGCCGCAGCCUGCGACCUGCAGAGCCUCGCAGAGACAGAUACCAAGGACCUCGGCUUCCUCCUGCGUCUCCUCGACUUCCCAGAGCAGCAGAGCCUUAUCCAGGCUGCUGCUCAGGAAGCAGGCACCCUCCUGGACACAGGACAGCCUGGGCGGGCGCUGGGCUACUGCUCUUUGGCUGUCCUGGCCAGUGGUAACAGCCCUUGUCACCUGCGUCUACGAGCCACCUGCUUGGCCCAGCUGCAGGAGUUUGACCGAGCACUCAGGGACCUGAACCAUGUGCUUCAGGAGGAUGCCAGGGACAGUGACCUGCCAAGGCGGGCAGAGGACUAUUGCUCCCAAGGUCGCCUGCUGCUGAGCCUAGGAGAUGAGGAAGGCGCUGCUGGAGCCUUUGCCCAGGCCCUCACACUGUCACCAGUCAGGGCCCAGGACAGCCUAUGGGAGCAGCCAGGCCAGGUCCCCACAGCCCACGUGUUUCUGCACCACGGGCAGCGCUGCCUGGAGGAGCAGCGCUAUCAAGAAGCCUGGAUGGCUGCUCAGAAUGGCCUUCUGGUGCACCCCAGCCACCGUGGGCUGAAGAGACUGAAAGCGAGGACCCGCAGGGAGGCAUCCUCAGGCUGCAGACUGCACUGACCAUAGCCAACCAACUCACCUUUGCACCCGUCCUCCUCGCCAGGACGCACCUGGAUCCUCCAGUCCAAGGAGCAUCUUCCCCUCCUGCCAUUCCCCCUGCCUUUCACCUUAGAAAUAAAAGACUCCUUACAAUGCACUCUUCCAGACACAAAAUAGCCUGUAUGUCCACGACCUCGCAGUGCCUGGCACUACCUACACAAGACCCUCAGAAUAGGUAAAGAAGAUGACAUCAAAGUAAAAGAGAGACUAAUUGAGAGGGGAAGGGGAUAUAAUGGACAGUGGAGUUGCGAAGGGGAAAAAUGAAGGCCAGAGAGUCCCAGGCUGGGGCUACAGGAGGGCGGAGAGAGAAGGCAGGUGUCACAUGGUGCCUUCCUCACACUGCUGCAGCCACCUCCUCAAGGGCAUCUCACAGCUCAUCACACUAAGCACCAAGGUGCUCAAACCUAGAUGAAGCCCCUCCUAGCCCACCCUCCACCCCCAGCAAGGAGCAGCCAGCAACAGCCCACAGUUCAUCUUACAGGGGUCUUGGGUCAGCCAUGCUUAUUUGGCACUUUGCUGUGAUCUGAGUGUGUCCCUAAGAAUUAUGUGUUCAGAUCCUUACCCCGGUGGGACCUUUAAGAAGGAAUUAGUUCAUGAAAGUGGAGCCCUAAAGAAUGGAAUCCUGUGGACCUGGAAAGGAUUAUACUAAGUGAGCUAACCCAGGCCCAGAAAGCCAAGCGCCACAUGUUCUCUCUCAUAUGUGGAUCCUAGCU